AUUUCUUUCUAAGCUUUUUUUUCUUCCAUUUUUUCUGGGUACUCAAUGGGGGUUUUCAUCGAUUUGAACACUACAGAAGACGAUGAAACGCCUUCAUCUGGUUCUUUAUCUUCGUCUUCAGCUUCAGUUCUGAGUGCUUCUGGUACUGCUUCAAGUUCUUCCGUUUGUUUAGAGCUUUGGCACGCGUGUGCCGGUCCACUUGUAUCUUUGCCAAAGAGAGGAAGUGUAGUGGUGUACUUCCCUCAGGGACACUUGGAACAAGUUUCCGAUUUCCCCGGCGUAGUUUCAGCUGCAGCAUAUGAUCUCCCUCCCCACGUGUUUUGUCGGGUUAUUGAUGUCAAGCUCCAUGCUGAGGGCACUACAGAUGACGUUUACGCUCAAGUUUCCCUGGUUCCUGAAAAUGAGCAAAAUGAGCAGAAGUUUAAAGAAGGGAGCACAGUCUGCACGAAUGUAGAUGGUGAAGAGGAUGCCGAAGUAGAUAUCAAGUCGACCACACCCCACAUGUUCUGCAAGACUCUUACGGCUUCUGAUACAAAUACUCAUGGAGGCUUCUCUGUUCCUCGUCGAGCUGCUGAGGACUGCUUCCCCCCAUUGGAUUAUGAUCAGCAGCGGCCCUCACAAGAGCUUGUUGCAAAAGACCUGCAAGGCUUGGAAUGGAGAUUUCGACACAUAUAUAGGGGGCAACCACGGAGGCAUUUGCUCACUACUGGAUGGAGUGCUUUUGUAAAUAAGAAGAAGCUUGUCUCUGGAGAUGCUGUGCUUUUUCUUAGGGGUGAGAACGAAGAGCUGAGGCUGGGAAUCCGAAGAGCUGCUCAGAUUAAAAAUGACACUUCAUUUCCUUCUUUGUGCACCCAGCAGCUGAACCGCAGCACUUUUGCAGAUGUGCUCCAUGCUAUAUCUAUGAAAAGUGUUUUCAAGAUUUACUACAAUCCAAGCAGGGCCAGUUUAUCAGAGUUCAUAACACCCGAGCAUAGGUUCUGGAAGAGUCUUGAUCGUUCUUUUCCUGUUGGAAUGAGAUUCAAGUUGUGGUUUGAAACUGAAGAUGUGGCAGAAGGAAGAUACACAGGAGUUGUAACUGGAACUAGCGAUAUGGAUCCUAUUAGAUGGUCUGGUUCAAAAUGGAGAUGCCUGCUGGUAAGGUGGGAUGAUACCGACACCAAAAGGCAUAACAGGGUUUCUCCCUGGGAAAUUGAACCAUCUGGUUCAUUAUCUACUCCUAAAAACUUGUUCUCUCUUGGUUCCAAAAGGAACAGGGUUGGACUGUCGUCAGGGAAACCUGAAUUUGUUGUUCCUGAUGGGGAAUCCUUGCGGUUCUAUAAGGUCUUGCAAGGUCAAGAAAUUUUAGGUUAUAACUCUCGUCAUGAUGAUGCUAAUAGUCAAAUACUGCACCAGUCUGAAAUACGACGGUGCAUUCCUGUUUCUAAUGGUUCUGGUAUUGCUGCAAUUCGAAAUGUUGGUAGAGAAACAAUGGUGACUCCUGAGAUUUCCCGUAAAGGUUUAGGCUUUGAGGAAUCUGUUGGAUUCCAUGAGGUCUUGCAAGGUCAAGAAAUUUUUGUAAACCCUUCAUGUAAAAGAGACCCAACUGCAGAUGACAAUCGAGAAAAUGACGCUCAUGGUGUCCCUGAGGCGGGUCAGUUUUCGGGAACCAGAGGUGGAUGGUCGUCUUUGAUGCAGAGCUAUAACACUCAUAGUCAAAUGAGACCAUCUGCACAAGUGUCCUCACCAUCUUCAGUGCUAAAGUUCCAACAUGCAAGCAGUCCAUUGACAAGCUUCAAUCCAAUUCAUAACUUCAAUAGCCUGGAAAAAGAGCUAGGAGUUAACAAACAAAGUUCUUUUCAUGCUCCUGAAACAUACGGGGGAAGAUUACUUCCAUCUUCAACUGGUGAACACGAUUCCCAUAGGAGGAAUCUUGGAAGCAUGUUUUCAUUUGGUCAUUCGGGUGUUGAUGCUCAGCUUGGUGAUUCUCGAACUUUGGCAACUCAACCAGCACUUAAGACGAGUCAAGAAUUAACUACCUCAUGUAAAAGUAGUUACGUACUUUUCGGGUUCUCCUUGACAGAGGGAGGACAUGAUGGUACUGAGGAGGACAACAUGGUGCAAGCAACUUCGUCAUUAGGUCCCGGAGUUUUCUUACAUGGUAUAGGAGAACAAUUUAUCACACAGCCUCCAGCAGUGGCAAACACAGUCGGAAGCAAUUCUACUAAAGCAACCAAUCUAUAUGCCGUCAGAGAUAUGCUUUUCGAUGUUGCAUUGUAGUUUAGUGAUGAAAUAGUGUGUCGGCCUGUCAAUAAGGAGUUCUAUAGACAUGGGUUUUGGACGUCUUGCUAAAUCUUGAUGAAUACGGUGAUGUGAUUGAAAAGUUGUAACUUUAUUGAAGGAGAAAGAUUCGGA